UGAAAAAAAAAAAAAAAUUGGAUCAAACCGGGCAUAGAGAUCUGCAAUAAUGUUUCAUCAUCACCAUCAAAAUCUUCCGUCUCACCAUCACGGCGGAAGCAGUGGCAGCUCCGGCAAUGGCGGAGGUGGAGGAGGCGGUGGAGGAAAUGUGAGUCCGUCCGCAGCCGAUCAGCAACAUCACAAUUAUUUGGCCUACAUGAGUGGCCGGGCGGCGGCGGCCGCUGCAGCCGUUGCCGUCGCAGCCGCCGGAUCGAGCGGAGGCCUGGCAAAUUCUGGCUCGUCCGGCUCAUCAGCUGGAGCUUCUUCCAGUAUGUUGACAGCGGCUGCCUCUGGAUCUAGUGGCAGCAGUAGCACCGGUAGCCCUUCCGGCGGAGGUGUUCAUCUGAACGGACACAAUUCGGGUGGAUGGGUAUCAUCUGAUCAUAUUGGCAGUCCAGGAGGUUCCAUGUUUCAUCCGUCAGCUUCGGCCUACAAUCCAUCCGUCAUGCCCGGAAGAUUGGCUUUCUCGUCUUCCGGUUCGACGUCUGCCGCCAUCACCAGCUCGUCCUCUUCCGGCGGCAUUUGUUCCUCUUCAUCGCCGUCCAACGCCGGAAUGAUUAGUUCGCGUGAUUAUAACAAUAGCAGUGCAGGCGCUGGUGGAGCAACUGGAAGUUCGUCCUCAACGUCGACUGCCGUCGCAGUUUCAGCCGCAUCUUCCAUCCAUUCGGCCGCCUACUCCACCAUGUCGAUGGCUCUUCCGGCGGCCGCAGCCGCCGCUCUAAGUUCCACUGCAGCUUCGAGUGGUUUUGGCGCCUAUUCCGCCUACCAUCACCAUCACCACGCAGCAGCAGCGGCUGCCGCCGCCGCAGCCGCCGCCGCCGCCAACCUGUCGCCCUGGACUCGAGGAGCCUAUCACCAUCCGCACGACGGGUCGUUUCACCAUCAGAGCUUCCAACAUCACUCCUCAUACGUGGAAGAUGCUUCGAGUUAUUUGGAAGGCAGAGAAUGCGUCAACUGCGGCUCCAUUUCAACGCCUCUUUGGCGUCGCGACGGCACUGGCCAUUAUUUGUGCAAUGCUUGUGGUCUUUACCACAAGAUGAACAACGGAAUCAAUCGCCCUCUGCUGAAGCCUCCUCGCCGACUGAGUGCGACCAGACGAUUGGGUCUCUGCUGCACGAAUUGUGGUACCACCACUACGACUUUAUGGCGCCGAAAUGCGGAGGGAGAGCCGGUUUGCAAUGCUUGUGGAUUGUAUCAUAAACUGCACGGCGUUAACCGGCCGCUAGCCAUGCGGAAAGAUGGUAUUCAGACGCGCAAGCGCAAACCCAAGAGCAACUCGGCGGCGGCGGCAGCGGCGGCGGCUGUAGCGGCAGCGGCGGCAGCCAAUCACACAAAUUCGGUAGCUGCAGGAGCGGCUUCAAUGGACCAUCAGCACUCCAGUAGCAUUGGCGUUGGCAUCGGUUCACAUCAUCACCACCAUCCCCAUCAGCACAACGGUUCCUCGUCGUCUUCAAAUCAUCUGAUCGGCGGCAUCAAAAUCGACCGGAUGCAAUCGGACUUGCAUUCGAAAUCAACAGAGCGAGAUUUACUGUCCUCUUCGAUGAACCAUUCUGAUGCCGGCCAACAGCAGCAACAACAACAGCAGGUCCGGCUUCAUCACAGUCACGGACCUAUGAGUCACCAUCAACAUCAUCAGCACCACUAUUUUGGGGCGGCAAAGAGCUUGAAUUUCCCGUCUGUCCACCAUCCGCAUCAGCCAGCGGGAGCGGGACUGACUGUCCAGCAUCCGCAUCACGCGUUUGUUUCGUCGCCGCAUCACCAGACUUACAUCAAGCAAGAAGCUAGCACCAAUCAUCUCAAUGCUUUUUAUGACAACUUUGUCAGCAUGACGGGCGGUUCGGGUCCACAUCAAACGCUGACAACCAAAUUGGCUUAAUCAAUGUGCAAUGAAGCCUCUAAUAACAAGCUGGCGAAGAUAUCAAGAACGUUGCCGGUUCUGGUGAAUAGUUUUCGGUUUUUUCCUUUCAUUUUGUUCUCGUGUUAGUGCAUUUAAAUAAUAAUAGUAACAACAACAGAAAAUGAUUUUGUUUUACCUUUUAGAAAAAUUUAUUCAAAAUUGAUUAGUCUCUAGCGAUGAAAUUGUGACUACUGGGGGAAACGGGAAGGCGUUUUGUUUAUAGUAACUGGUUGCGUCACGUCGUGUUCUUGUAUUUCAAAUUUUUGUACGGUUAUUACAUUAUCUUUAUGGCGACCGGCAAACUUUGAAAAUCAUUCAAACGUACAGUUUACAUAUAUAGA